AUCUGCCGACACAGGCCUAGGCAUGCGUAUGGGGGGAGGCCGGGCGACAGUUAACAAUUGUUUCUCAAGUCUAUUUGAAAGUCGGUUUUUAGUACACAAUAUGCCCAGACGACGACGACCCCGUUGCAAGGUGAAACCGUUGAUAGCGCUGCACGAGGAUCCGGCCGGCGACAGCGAGGCCAGUCAGGAGGAGCAGGUCGAGAGCAAGAGCGACGAUGCGGAUGUGCCCGCCGAGACGCAUGAUGUGCCGAUGAGCGUGUCGCCCAGCGAGUGGGAGUAUCGCCUAUUCCCGGAGCUGCACAACCAGCUGCCGGCGUUGCCCACGUUCACGGACAUCUUUGGCCAGCACUCGGAUGUGAUGUAUCAGGAGAAUGCGCCAGCGCCGCUGCCCGAUGCUGAGCAGAGGCAGGCAAUAGGGCAGCAACAGCAGCAGCAGGAGCAACAGCAGCAGCAGCAGGAGGCGGCAUCCGCUCCGGCGCCGGCCAGCCAGCUGAACGGAACGACGCGCCCAUUGCUGCCGGACAUCUUCGGCUUGGACGGCCUCGUGGCCAAUUUGCGUGCCUCGCGCAGCAGCACGGCCAAUGCCAUCCAGCUGGUCACCGGCGAGGAUCUGACCACGUAUGGCCUGGACCUGGCCAGCCAGGGCGACAUCUACGUCCACUUCAAUGGACCGUUCACCCAGCAGCCGGCCGGCCGCAGCUCGGCCAACUGCGCCCUGGAGCUGGGCAUGCGGGGCAUGCGCGAUGCCAUGGACAAGUAUCCAUCGCGGCCGCCCAUCUGGGAUCCCUUUGUGCCGGAGACACGCAACCUCGGCCUCAUCAUGCCGCUCAGCUCGCAGGCGCCCAGGCUAUCCGUAACGAAGUUGUCGCAGCCGUCGUCACACGAGAAAUCUGCCUAGUUUCGAUAUCAAUGAUUUGGCAAACUUUCAAAUUGCUGUUCGCUUGUAUUCGGUUUCAUGUCAACAGCAGCAGCAACAACAACAACAACAGCAACAACAUCAGCAUGAACAACAACAACAGCAAGAUUUCAACUUGGCUCACCUAUAUACUAGACACGACUGCAUCAAUAUAUAUAUGUGUAUAU